UGACGCCCCAGCGGUAACAAAGGCAUGUUUAGUCUUCUUGGAUCUGUAGUCACUGACUGAUUUGAACGCACACCGCGUAAUACUCCACACUCCACACACGUGUGCUCGGAGUGAAAUGGCACCACGUAGAGAAUUACGAUCUAACCUGAAUUCAGCAAAAACUUUGAAGAAAAAUACCAAGAAUUGGUACGAAAAUUACUUAGAAUGGGAAAAGUUUGUUUCCUUAUUCACAGAUCCAAGAAAAUUAAUUAUAAUUGGCAGAGUGUUUAUUGUUUUGGAAAUUAUUUUAAAUACAUUGGUUAUCGAAAAAGUACCAUACACAGAAAUUGACUGGAAAGCAUACAUGCAAGAAGUCGAGGGCUUUUUGAAUGGAACAUUGGAUUACUCCAAACUGAGAGGUGACACUGGACCAUUAGUAUAUCCUGCAGGAUUUGUUUAUAUAUUUUCGAUACUACACUUCAUCACGGGACGUGGAGCGAAGAUAAAAAUAGCGCAGUACUCCUUUGCAGCUCUGUAUAUAAUAUUACUUACUUUGGUUUUUCGAAUUUAUGCAAAAACUAAAAAAGUUCCUCCUUAUGUCUUAAUUAUUAUGUGCUGUACAUCUUAUAGAGUUCAUUCUAUAUUUACUUUGAGACUUUUCAAUGACCCAGUUGCAAUGGUGUUAUUGUUUGCAAGCUUGAAUGCAUUUUUAGACGAUCAUUGGUAUUUAGGAAGCAUUCUUUACAGCUUAGCAGUGUCUGUAAAAAUGAACAUUUUAUUAUUUGCACCAGCACUUUUAGUAGCUUAUUUAUGUAAUUUAGGAUUAAUUAAGACAACUGUACAUUUGUUUAUUUGUGCUUUUAUUCAGUUAAUAUUAGGUCUUCCUUUCUUACUUAACAAUCCACUUGCAUAUAUAAAAGGUGCUUUUGAUCUUGGAAGAGUUUUUGAAUUUAAAUGGACUGUAAAUUGGAGAUUUUUACCAGAUAAUGUUUUUAUCCAUCCAUAUUUUCAUGUAUUACUAUUAGUACUACAUAUAUUAACCAUAAUUUAUUGCAUACCAACCUGGAUAAAAUAUAUGAAGUCCUAUGCAAAAUUAAAAUAUAUAGAGGAAAACGUACAAUCACAGUUAAAGAAGAAAGAAAAAGUAGAUAUGUCUACAAUGAGUCAAUUGUUUAUCUUUCCAUUUUUUGUUGCAAAUUUUAUUGGUAUAACAUUUAGUAGAUCCUUGCAUUAUCAAUUUUAUAUAUGGUAUUACCAUACACUGCCUUACAUUGCAUGGUGUACAGACUAUAAGAGUGUUAUAAAGUUGACCAUUUUGGGAAUAAUAGAAUUAUGUUGGAAUACUUAUCCAAGUACUAUUCUUAGUAGCGUCUUGUUACAUAUAUGUCAUUUAAUAUUAUUAUAUGGCCUUCUGAAAGAUAAAUCUAAGAAUGAAUAAUAAAAAUAAAAAUUGUAUACUUCAUAUAGAAUUGUAUAUUUCACCAUUAUAAUGUUUGAAUAUUUAAUUACAGUAUCUAAAACA